CACAGCCCCAGUAGUCAAACAACUGUUGCGCCAGUCGGAUCCACCAUGACACAGAUCCCCGAGAGCAGCUAUAAGAUGUGGGGCGGACGGUUCAGCGAGGGGCCGCAUGAGGCCCUCCAGUCGCUCAACAACAGCCUGCCCUACGAUUGCCGCCUCUAUGCGGACGAUCUGGAUGCCAGCAAGGCGUAUGCAGAGGCGCUCCAUCUGGGCCAGCGGCUGCACACGGGCAGAAGCAGAAACGACCAGGUGGUCACGGACAUGAAGCUCUGGCUUCGCAAGGCCAUUCGUGAGACCUUGGGCCGCCUGAGUCGCAUCAUCGAAACGGCCACCCGGCAGGCGGAACUCCACCUGGGCAUCCUCAUGCCAGGAUACACGCAUCUGCAGCGAGCCCAGACCGUUCAGUUCUCCCACUGGCUGCUCUCGCACGCCUUUGCCCUCCGGGAAGAUGGCCAGCGGCUGGUGGAGCUCCGGGAUCGGGCCAAUGUCCUGCCCCUGGGAAGCGGCGCUCUGGCGGGCAAUCCCCUCGCCAUCGAUCGUUUGUGGCUGGCCGAGAGACUGGGAUUCUCGGGCGUCACAGCCAACAGCAUGCACGCCGUGGGAGAUCGAGAUUUUGUGGUUGACUUCAUCUACUGCUGCUCUCUGGUGAGCCUCCAUCUGUCGCGCUUGGCGGAGGAUUUGAUCAUCUACAGCACCAAGGAGUUCGACUUCAUCAAACUGGCCGAUGGCUUCUCCAGUGGCAGCAGCCUGAUGCCCCAGAAAAGAAAUCCGGACAGCCUGGAGCUGAUUCGCGGCAUGGCCGGAGUGAUCACCGCCAAUCUGACGGGCAUAAUGAUGACCAUCAAGGGCACUCCGUCCACCUACAACAAGGACUUGCAGUACGACAAGCAGUUCUGCUUCCAGUCCUUCGACAAACUGACCCAAGUGCUCGAGGUUACCGAUGGUGUCCUGCAGACAAUGCAGCUGAAGCCGGAAUCGAUGGAGGCGGCACUUAGCACGGACAUGCUGGCCACUGACUGGGCCUACUAUCUGGUGAAGAAGGGCGUUCCAUUCCGCCAGGCGCACCACAUUAUCGGUCGCGUGGUUUCGGAGGCGGAGAAGCGAGGUGAGGACAUCACCGAUCUGCCGCUGGGAGAGCUCCAGACAUUCAGUCCUCUCUUUGGAUCGGAUAUCGUUGCGGUGGCGGGUUACUCCAACAAUGUCGAACAAUACAAUGCGAUUGGUGGAACCGCCAGUAGCAGCAUCGUGGAACAACUGCGAUUGCUCAAGAAGUUCGCAAGGGAGUUGGCCAAACAAUCCUAGGACGCAGACAUUGCAAAAUCCGACUGAUCCGAUGGCCAAUCAAAUGAAAACCGAAAUUAUAUAUUGUCAAAAAAACUGGUGCUUACCGAAAUAUAACAUACUAAUAAUAAGAGCAAACAAGGUAAAUGGUUUCCAAAUUAUUU